AUGUACAAUGUAUCACAGUAAGUUUCUUAAAUUUUCCUUUAUUUUUUGAUCAAAAAUGGCUCACAUUUGACCUUAUUAUAGCCAAAAUGUUCAAAAUUUGGCAUUUUUUCGAAAAAAUUAGGACAAAAACUCGAGCUUUUCUGACCAAAAACAGUGCAAGCUCGAGUUCUUUUUUGGCAAACACUUUGCACUUAUGGACAGUGUUACGUACUUUCAUAAAUUCAUACAUUUAUGAAUAAUACGUCAAGAUUAGAGGAGCAAAAGUUUAAUCUCCGACCCGCAAAAACCCAAUGUUUUCAGCAAAAAUGGAAGAAAUUUGGACUAAUUUAGUAAUUUGCUGAUAGUUUGGGAUGUUUUUGGUGAUUAGUGAGUCACAUGACUGUUUUUACAGUGUUUGGUAUAUUUUGGUAUAUGGCGGGUGAUUUUACACGGGAAGAUGAAGUCGAGAAGGGGGAGGGGAAUUUUUUUUCUAAAUCGACAGGGGGGACCAAGUUCAACAUUUUUGAAAUUUUUUUUAAAUCAGCAGGGGGACAAGUUCAACAUUUAAAAAAAAACUUUAAAAUUUUUUUUUGAAAAACGUUUCAAAACCUCAUUUUCCAACCAAAAGUCUUCCCUAAAAUAAGACAAUGCUCCGUAUCUUCCUCAAGAUAAGCGGGGAAGAUACGGAGUUUCCCGUGGUAUUGUUUUCGCGGUUCCCACUGUCAUCAAGAAUGCCGUAAUAGCCGAAAAAAAAACUCGGUGACAAACAUCGACUUGCGAGUAGCUACACGACUUUUGGCAUUAUUUAUAAAUAGUUCAUGCAAAUUUAACACUGUUUUUCGGUGGUUUGGGUGGUGUUUUUUCGUAUUUUAGGAAGUUUUUUAGUGUUAUUGAGUAUUUCUUUCGUAUUUUAAGGCGUUUUUUUGAUUAGACAUGAGAAACGGGCCAUUUUCAGGCCCGGCCCGAUCGAAAUUUUGCUCAAGGCUGGCCGGCCCGGCCCGUUUCUCAUGUCUAUUUUUGAUGCUGUGGGAGUAUUUUUAAAGUUUAUGCCGGGCAAUUCAUGUAGGACAGGGGAGGUAAGCGCGAAAUAUCAUUUUUUUCAUAAAAAAAACUCGACUUGGUCUCUUUGUUGAUUUUCCAAAAAAAUUUUUUUUUAAUUGUUUGGCCUCAUUCUGCGCAGGGCGGGUGCUUUUUUCUGGGGGCGGGGCCGAAAAAAAAUUGGCACAGGGGUGUUUUUUUGCUAAGAAUUUUUUUUCCAAAAAACCCACAGGGGGGGGCUUUUAACCACGUUCAAAUUUAAAAAAAAAUUUUUUUUGGGUGAGUAUCCCCCCUCGCCACGGCCCUGGCUUCACCUCCCCUCUAUGUCAAAAAAAAAUUUCAUUUCGUCCCCCUCCCCUCCCCCAUGGAUUUUUUCUAUUUCAAACCUUAUUUUUAAAGCCACCCCCCCCCUUCCCCCCCAUUAAACCCAUCACUUCCUCCUCAAUGCGGCCCAUCAAAAUUUAGGCAAAUGUGCAAAACAUGCAAGGCCAAGACAAUUACAUAAAACUCAAAAAAGCGUAAAAACGCGGGUGAAACCCCCCCCUCCCCCCCCUCGACUGGAGAUUGUCUUUUCACCCCCUAACGAAGAGUCCUUAAGUUGGACACAAAAUUGAAAUGCGUAAAACGUGUUCAAAUUGAAUUUCCAGCUCUUUGAAAGGUCGUGUGACGGGUCACCGCAGCACUUACCAUUCCGAAGGCACGAUUAUGUUCUCCGGCAAGAACCCCUUCAUCCACGACCCCAACCGGCAUAUUCGCAGACAGUCGCAGGUAUGGUAUUUUUUUUUAGUUUUUUUUUAUUUUUAAAGGCUUUAACAUUUUUUAAAAUAUUUUUUUGAAAAAUCGAAUUUUUAAAAUUUUUAAUUUUUUUGGAAAACUUACAAGGGAAGUACCCUACCCGCCCCGCUCUGAUUAACUUCAAACUUUUUAUAUAGAAAGAGCAUUUAAAUAUAAGAUCUUCAGCAAAGUACUACAUCACGCUUUCUAGUCAAUCUCGAGAAAACCGAGAUUAAAAAUUACAUUUUGAAUUUCCCGCCAAAUUGGCAUUGUGCUUCAAGCUUAUAACUUUCCCGUUUUUAGAAUUUUAAGCCUUUUUCUUUGAUAAAAUAGUAGAAUGCUUUUAAAUGAACCUACAUUUUUAAAUUUGUAAGUGUAGCUUAUCUGGAAAGUCGAUAAAAAUGCUUGAAACACAAUGCCAUAUUUGCCAAAUUGGCGGGAAAUUUAAAUAUAUUAAUUUUAAAACUUAAAACCGCAAGCUAAGACUUUAUAUGUGCUACUGGUACUACUAAGAAUCCGUAUAAAAAGAUUGAGCUAAUUCUGAGAGUUGCAGGUUGGUUACUUUCCUUUUAAGCCUAAGCCUACUAAGCUUAAACUUAUUAACUUAAACCCUACCAAGUCUGAGCUCAUUAAGCUUAGGCGUUUUAAGUAUAAGCUUACUCAGCUUAAGCCUACAUGCUUAAGCACUCACUUUUUAGUUUUAGAAUUUAAUUGUUUGAGUUCGGUACUUACCAUAACAUAGCAUAGUAUGAACUGAUCUUCAAACUAUUUUUGAUCUUUUCAUUCUCAUGAUUAUCCUAAAAUUGCAUUUUUGUUCAAUCUUUUAUCUCUCUUUGGUAUAAUACUUUAUACUUUUUUAAUUUCUCGUACUUUAUUCGAACGUACUCGUUUAGUACUCAAACAUCAUCGCUGUCGAACCGGAAAAACGUCAUUUUGAAAGCUUUUUUUAAGGUGGUUAUAAGACAAUUAAAACUAGUUGAAUAUAAAAGUCUUAACAUAUCGUACUGUUUUUUAGUUUUGUACUAUUUUCAAAACUGACAUACUGUUUUUAAACCUAACAUACUGUUUUUACCAUAACCGUCUUUUCUUGGCCAUAACUUUCUUCGCACCAUAAAUCGUGCUCUCCUACACUAAAAACCUUUUUCAAUUGUUCUGCCAUUCUUUACACUACCUAUAAAACAAUUUUUGAGUUCACCGUAUUUUCGCCGCAUGGCCAACCUUUUAUGGGGCCAAUAUAAUUUCAGUUUGAACGACAGCUUCAUGCCUGUUUCGCGGAGCCGCCGGCCAUUUUCGCCAACGUUCCGGCCAUGGAUUCCAUCGUCCAUCGGCUGUACUGGGCGCUGCGCUCGGCCCAGUUCAAGGUGUUCUACAAAACUGAGGGUAUCGUUAAUUUUGAAUUUUUUUUUUAAUUUUAAAAUUAUUUUUUAAAAAAAAUUUUUUGUUAUCCCCCCUCCCCCCGGAAAAAAUAUAAUUUUUUACCACCCCCACUUUCUAAAACUUACUUUUUCAUGUUAUUCCCAUACCCAUCUCUAAAAAUAUUUUUCACGUUUUCUCAGUUCUUCGUAUGUUACCAUCUCUUUCAAAAAUAUUUACCACCCCCUCAAAAAUACCGUCCUUUAUUGUAAAUACAACAAGAUUUCAUAUUACCUCGUUAGGUAUGCGUGACAAUGGUUGUAUGUUUUAGUGCAUUUGCUUGUUUUUACACGGUAAAUUCGAGUUAAAGGGCGUUUGUUGCCCAAGGCUAUAAAUUUCUCAUAGGCUUUCCCAAAGGCUUUUGCGACAAAUUUUAUGUGUUAAGUGACUGAUAUGACGUUCAGCGCGAGAUAUGGUAUGUUUGACAGAAUCAUGGUAUUUUCAAGUUUUUUAAGCCUAAAUGUACUAAGGUUACGCCUAAUAAGUCUAAGUAUACGAAACCUAGCCUAAUAAUUUUAAGUCUACUAAGCUUAAGCCUACUAAGCGUAAGCCUAAUAAGCCUAAGCCUACAAAUCCUAAUUCUAUUAAGCUUAAGCCUACUAAGCCUAAACCUAAUAAUCCUAACCAGACUGAAGCCUACGUUUAUUGACAUAUCAGUCAAAUUUGCAUUAGAAAUUGCGUUUUCAAAAACUUUAUUUACAAAAGAUCAACGCAAAUAUCUGCGGCAUUACCUAGUAUAUUGAUAUAACUAGAUAGCCUUAGAGAAAUUGCAAGAAAUGAUAUUACGCAACUUUUUCUUAUGUAAUGUUAACAAUUUAUUCAAUAUUUGCCUCGAUGUAAAACGACCCAACAAAUUACUGCAAGUGCUGGAAUCUUACUCAACAUUUCUGCAAAAUGUUGCUUUAUAUCGGUCAUAUUAUUUGGAUGUAAACUCACAUUCUGUUGUUUAGUAUGCCUAUCAAACCUAACCUUACAAAUUCUAAUACUAAGAAUAAGCCUACUAAGCCUAAGCCUACUAAGCCUAAGCCUACUAAGCCUAAGCCUACUAAGCCUAAGCUUACUAAGCCGAAGACUAAUAAGUUUGAGUUUACUAAGCCGAAGUAUAAUAAGCCUAAGCUUACUAAUUCUAAGCCUACUAAGCCUAAGCCUACUAAGCCUAAGUCUACUAAACCUACUAAGCCUAAGCCUACUAAGCUUAAGCCUACUAAGCCUAAGUCUUUUAAGUCAAAGUCUACAAACCCUACCAAACCUCGGGCUACUAACUUAUAGAAAUUAAGCUUAAGCCUUCUGAACCUAAGCCUACUAAGCCGAAGCCUGCUAAGCCUAAGCCUGCUAAGCCGAAGCCUGCUAAGCCUAAGUUUGCUAAGCCUAGUACUACUAAUCUUAAGGUUACUAAUUCUACUUAGCGAUAAGCCUACUAAUCUUAAGGAUACUGAUCCUAAGCCUAAUAAGUCUAAGUCUAUUAAGUCUAAGCCCACCACGCCUUUUAUAUUUAAUAUAAUUUUAAAAAACCAUGCAUUUUUUUUAUCUUGCUUAUAAAUCUUUUCAUACAGUCUAGCCUAAAAAAACGUUUUCGUUCUAUUAUUUUAGUAUGGUACUCAUUACUCAAAAAUUCUAUAAAAACCAAGCCUUUUACACUUUCUCCGCCGGUCGCUAAGACUUUGUUUUGAAAAACUGGGAUUAGGAGACGGGAAAAGUUGAAAAGUAACGCCCAUUGUAAUAUAAAACAAGAUUAAGGUAAAUGGAAUAUUUAAUAGGAAGCGCUAGGGUUUCAGUCGAAUCUAAGGCCAAGUUCGCGUGGCCAAGGGGACGCAUUGCAUUACUUGUGUCACAUUUGCUUUUCUGACUGUUUAGACGGCAAGGGAAACUUGGCAGCCGGCUGUCUAUUAUCAUAUGUGAUCUGCGAUACGACAAUUUCUAGGAACAUUUUCGAAUUUUUGGUCGUAUUUUAGGCUUAAACUAAUUUUUGUGGUCGUAUUUUAGGCCUAAGCUAAUUUCUUUGGUCGUAUUUUAGGCCUAAACUAAUUUUUUGGCAUUUUGGUACUAAAUUUUCAUUUUGAUAGCAUUUUGGUACCAACUUGAUUUUUGGUACCAAAUUUUUUAAAAUUCUGUACUACUCUACAAAAUUUUUAUCUUACAGUACUACUACAGUAUAAAAUUGAAAUUAAAAACUAAAAUUCUACUUCCAAACCUUAUCACAGCAGGAUGGCUGAUCCACAAAUUUUAGAAGCCGAUGAAGGCUCAAUUAACGAACUAAUCAAAUUCGAACCCACGGAACGACCGCCAAGCCUGGAUCAGCUGUCAGAAUCGACCAGGAAUCAGUUUUCGAAAAAAUGGGUCAAAUAUAUGUAUGCCAAGUUUAAAAAUGUAGGUUUUCGGCAUGACAGUAUUUUUAGCCAUCAUGACAACUUUUUUUUGUCGUUAUGACACAUUUUGUUUGUAAUCAUGACACAUUUUUUUUCAUUAUGACACAUGUUGUUUGUCAUCAUGACAAUUUUAUAAAACUUUUUUUUGCUAUUGGUGCCGACAUAAAGAACCCGCCAUAUUUUGCCUGUAAUUCCCUGUAAAAAAUGGCGGGUUCUUUAUGUCGGCAUCUAAUAAUUGACUGCACAACUUCUUAUUAUUUAUUAUUGGUCAAUCAAGUAUAUUACUUAUGAUUGACAGCCUUAAUUUUUAUUUUGACAUGAUUUUAAUAAGUAAAAAUCAAUUUUUAAAAUUUUUUAGGAAUGCCCAACAGGACGAAUGAGUUUUCGCGAAUUCAAACGGCUAUUCGGAUCUUAUAUGCCACAUCGAAGUAGUGAUGCUUACUUGGAGCGAAUGUUCAAAGCCUUUUUACAUACCUCAUCUUACCCUGAUCAGCUGACAUUUAAAGUGAGGAGUAUUUUGGGCUUUUUUUUAAUUGUGUUGAGUUCAGUAUGUUUAGGCUUGGGCUUAGGCUUAGGUUAACGGUUAAUCUUAGUCUUAGGCCAAAACUUAGGCCCAAGCGUAGGCGUUGGUUUAGGCUUAGGCUUAGGCUUGGAUGCUUAGGCUUAGGCUUGGGCUUGGGCUUGGGCUUGGCCUUGGGCUUGGGCUUGGGCUUGGGCUUGGGCUUGGGCUUGGGCUUGGGCUUAGGCUUAGGCUUGGGCUUAGGCUUAGGCUUGGGCUUAGGCUUAGACUUAAUUUUUGGCUUAGUUUUAGGCUGAAGCUUAGGCUUCAAUUAUGGCUUUAUUAGGCUUUGUUUUUGUCUUAUUUGGCUUACCUUCUUAGGUUUAAGCUAAUAAUCUAUUUUUCGAAGUUUAGGUUUAUAGCCAAUGUUUUGAAUCUAAAUUUUAACUUAUUUGUCGGGUUUAAAAACUGAUACAUUUAGUUUAACAAGUAGUAUCAUAUGUUUUCAAAUACUGACUAAGACGUUUCCCUUCAAAACAAAUUGAGCCUAUCGCAUUUCAGGACCUGAUUGUUUGUCUAGCCUACCUACAUCAACAUGACACCAAAUUCCAAGCCGAAUGGACAAUGAGACUCAUCAAUGGUAAUUCUUCGUCUCGCAUAUCAUUACAUGUAAGUGUAAACAAACGAUUUUACGUUGCUAUACAGUAAUAUUUGGUUUAGUAAUUUCUUCAUAGUAAUUGUUAUAUGUUACCAUGUAAAUUUACUUGUGUUAUCAAUGCUACAGUAAGGAGAAUUAUUUUUUGAUGUUUUAAAAUGACGUUUUUUCAGGAAUUCCGUGAAUUCGUGCUAUCAGUAUUCAUGCUGACUGGAGGAGAUCCAGCCAAACGCGUCGACUCUAUCAUACCCAUGGCUCAUUCUCCAUUUACGGAUCAAAUUGCACAUUUGGUCGGAUUAAGGGCGGGCACUGUUUUUCAGGCAUGUUUAUAUAAAAUUUUUUUAAUUGUUUUUUUCAAAAAAUUUUUAAAAAAUUUUAAAUAUAAAAAAUUUAAAAAAAAUAGUAAAAAAUUUUCAAAAGUUUUAAAAAUGACUUUUUUUUUAAUUUAGGAGCUGGACAAAGAACAACGUGGCUACUUAACAGUCGAGGAUUUGGAAAAGUUAUAUCGACAACGGGAACAACAGGUUUUGUGA